AUGAAGGUCCUCCUCGACGUUGGUAGAGCCACCGGAAUGACGAGCUAUCAAGACUGUGUUAAGCUGUAUAUGGGAUCUGCUAGUUGCCGCGUGGUUGAAAGUGUAUUGUUUUUGGACUGUUUUGGGGCGACUGCGGCUUUCAUGAACUUCAUGUUCGAUUUUAUACAUAGUUUCAUAGGAAUUUUCACGACGACAGCUUGGUACGACAACAAGGCGUUUGUUAUAGCAGUUUUGACGCUGAUGAUAUUGAUGUUGUUGGUGUCGACAUUUUUGCCAUUGGAUAGGGAGUUGCCGAAUCCUACUGUGAAACGGUCGAAUGAUAUGAUCCUUUUGGCCACCCUCUGUAUGCUGUUCGCCUAUGGAGCUGUUGGCACGUUGGGAUAUUAUUUGUGGGGUGAAGGGCUGCUCAUCGCGAAGGACGGAGCUGAUGUGAGUAUUGAGAGUACUAUCGUGUUGGCCGUCAACCUCAAUUCUGGCUACCAUAGCGAGAGUAGCGAUGACGCCAAUGCUGAUAAUGUGUUCGGUGCUGUGUUUGAACCCUGCCCGGGAGAAUAUCUUGAGGCUGAUGUUGGCAGCUGUACCAUCGAUGGACGUUACUACGUGUGA